CGAGAAUCUGUCUGGCUGGUCCAGAGAUUUCUUAACUCACUACUCAUUGGACUCGCUGAAGCUCUGAGUGGCACUUACAUUUUGUGCUGAUCUCCUCGGUUGCCAAUUCCCCCCCCCCAUCGAAGCUAUUGGGAGUUCUCUUUACUCCGCACCGUGCCGAGAGCUCAAGCUCCAACAUAUUGAAUUGCCUGUUGAGCAAGAAUCUUGCAGCUCGCAAUCAUUCUACUAUACCCUCACCUCCAACAUGCCACCACCACCCAGCCAAAGGGCCGACAUUGAGCCCCCAGAAGAGAUCACCUCCGAAGCCGCCAUUGGAUUUGCGACGGGCGUAUUCCGCUUCGGCUCCGUCUCCAUCCUAGCCCAUAUGAUCAUGAGCCUCCCCCACCCCUUCACCUUCACCGCACCAACACCCCCCACGACACAAUCCCAAUCCCCAUCCCAACCCCGUCCACGCCCAUCACCAUUCUCCCGCGAAUACCUGCGCUCCCGCCUCUUCUACAGGCCCAUUGAAGGCUUCUCAGAGUGGCUCUCCCCGGCAUCCCGGGUAUACCGUGGCCUGACACCGCAGUUCAAGGUGUUUUUGCAGAUUGCUGCGAUGACCCUUGGAGGUUGUAUUUGGGCUGAGAGACGGGUGAAUGAGUAUAUUGAGGUUAUGAGAAGGGUGAAGCGGGCGGAGAGACUACAGGCACAGUGGGAGGAGAGAUCUCGUCGGUAGUUUUGGAUUGGGGUGUUAUGAAGGAUUGAAAAGUAGUGACUGUUGGGCGAGACGAAUUGAGGCCGCAUGGCGCGGAUGAAUAUCACAUAACGGCCUUGAAAAUGGGCUAAAAUGGGUUAGAUUAAUGCCGAUCUCGUCAGGGGAUGAUUGAAUAAAAGGAAAGAAAGAAGCAAUUACUCGUCACCACGAGCAGGGAGAUUUGCUUUUGCUUUUUUGAAUGUUGAUGAUAUGACGUCAAUUAUCAUGACUCGAGUACAGUACAUACAUACGUACAACCCAAGACCAACUCCAGUUCCAGCGAAUGCAGAUCUCCGGGGAAACCAAACCAGUCCCAGGGUUGUUAGUUUAUGACUACAGUAUGUAAUUAUUGGGAUCCCCUUUCGUGGGCCCUGGGGACAUCAGACUCGCCCUUGAAAGCAUCCAUCGUGGUGCGUAAGUGGGCGAUCCUGGUGGAUCCCCGGAGAUCGAGUUACAUGGAGUACCGUAGUAGUACUGUAGGGGGGAAAUUAAGAUGUCCUUGGGUAUGAUUGCAUAUGAAAUUGUGAUUGGGAUUAUCCAGUACUUGUCGAUCAAUU